GGGAUUUGAUUGGCUGAGUCCUGAGUCCAUCAAGCCGCGUCUCAGCCAGUCCCGACCAAGGGCGGCGCCGCUUCGCUAGUCUUCUGGUGUCGUCUGUGGGGAAUGCGGGAUAUGGUCGGUUCCUUCUAAGUGCGUCAGUGUUCGUCGUUCCUCGCCGUGUGGUUUGUAGAUGUGUUCGGUACCGGGACCGAUAUGACCCAUACGCUGCCGUCUUAACAUGACUCGGCUGGGUUCGAGCCGUCGCCCCGCAGUACCGCCGGCGGAUGGGCGUCCGCGCUGCUGAAGCUGUUCCGUCGCGCGCACAAAGCCCGUGAGCGGGUCCCGUGUCGGCGCAGAGAAGGGUUAGGGGUUAGGGUUAGAGUUAGGGGGUUAGGGGUUAGGGGGUUAGCGCUGCGCUGGUGAUGCGCCAACAUGUCCGGCAACCAGUACAAAGGCCACGAAGUCAGCUGCUGCAUCAAGUACUUCAUAUUCGGAUUCAACAUACUGUUCUGGCUGCUGGGCAUGGCCUUGGUUGGAAUCGGACUGUGGGCAUGGAGUGAAAAGGGAGUGCUCUCCAACAUCUCCUCCAUCACAGACCUGGGGGGCUUAGACCCGGUCUGGCUCUUCAUGGUAGUUGGGGGAGUCAUGUUCAUCCUUGGCUUUGCUGGAUGCAUAGGAGCGCUACGAGAAAACACAUAUCUUCUAAAGUUUUUCUCUGUGUUUCUGGGCAUCAUCUUCUUUUUGGAGUUGACCACUGGAGUCUUGGCCUUUGUCUUUAAGGACUGGAUCAAAGACCAGCUGAACUUGUUCAUCAACAACAACAUCCGGGCGUACCGGGACGACAUCGAUCUCCAAAACCUCAUAGACUUCACUCAGGAAUACUGGGAGUGCUGUGGUGCGUUCGGGGCAGACGACUGGAAUCUCAACAUCUAUUUCAACUGCACCGACGGCAACCCGAGCAGGGAAAAGUGUGGCGUGCCCUUCUCCUGCUGCACCAAAGACCCGGCGGAGGACGUGAUCAACACACAGUGUGGCUAUGACGUACGAGCUAAACCGGACUCGGAGCAGAAGGACCACAUCAAUGUGAAGGGCUGCGUUCCACAGUUCGAGAAGUGGCUUCAGGACAACCUCAUGCUGGUGGCUGGGAUCUUCAUAGGAGUUGCCCUGUUGCAGAUUUUCGGGAUAUGCUUGGCGCAAAAUCUCGUGAGUGACAUCGAGGCUGUGCGGGCGAGCUGUUUCUUUACCUAGUGCCGCCAUCGUGUUCACCCUCUCAGAAGGUCUCUGCGGCCAGGCUGAGCACCGCGGCUUGUUCAGGUGGAUCCUGCAGAACAAGACAAGAAACAGAAAUCCACUGCUCACCUGCACCAUUCGUUCGCUGAACCAGCACCUUUUCAAUGCACUGGCACCACGUUGUGAAUAUUGUUAAUAUAGGAAAAUGAGCGGCAUGGGGUGGAGGCUUCCACGUGCACUUCUAUGCCGGUCAUCACAGUGCUCCAGGUUUGAUAGCUGCACGUAGCGUGUAGACUUUUUGAUACGUGUUUUUGAUAUUAGAUUGGUAUUUUGCACUGUGAGGCUGAAGCUCUGUCUGUCACCAAAAUGGAUUGUGUAGGACUUGUGAUGUAGUAGUAGUCGUCUCUCAACAAGUUUUGGAUCGGGGCCGUCGGAAAGGAAGCGAGGACAAGUUUUGUUUUUAUUUGGAAGUUCUCUGUUCGCGUCUUCACGUUCGGCUCCUGUCAGGAACCGUGGCGCUGAAGAGAGGAGAGUGUUCGUCACGGAAAUGUUGUAUCGGUUUCACACUUAAAGGCAGCUUGUGUAAAGAUGUUUGUGCAAUACAAGACAUCACAAUAGCAGAGACAUUUCCGUUGCGUCUUCGCUUCUUGUUUUUGCGGCAAAAAAAGGGUUUAUUGACAAAUCCGAGUGAAAAACAUGCACUGGCCUCCUGUAAACGGGUGUAUUCACGAGAAGUCACACUUUGGGGGGAAAGACAUUAUACACCAAUGCGUAUUUUGUGAUUUCUGUUGUGGUUGAUGUGAAGUACUUAUUUCCAAAUCAGUGGUUUCCAACCUGGGGGUCCCGACCGCCACUAGGAGGCGCCAAAGCUCCAUGGGUGGUCGCGAAGCCCUCCUGAUUUUAACGGUCUAAGGGUUUUAUAUAUAUAUAUAUA